AUGGGCCCCUGUACCGCCUCCUCAUGCUGCUGCCAGGCCCCUAAUCUGCCAUGGGCCCCUGUACCGCCUCCUCAUGCUGCUGCCAGGCCCCUAAUCUGCCAUGGGCCCCUGUACCGCCUCCUCAUGCUGCUGCCAGGUCCACAGUGUGUCAUGGGUCCCUGUACGGCCUCCCAUUGCUGCUGUCUCCAUCGCCACACUCUGCCAUGUGCCACUUUCAGGUCUCCUCACACUGCUGGUGGGUUCCAUUUUGUCAUAGGUUGCUGUAUGGCCUCCCAUUGCUGCUGGGCCCCCACCGCCCCGCCCGUGGCUCCAAAAACUGGUUUUUUGGGCCCCCUGACUUUCCCCAAAAGAAAUGAAGUUUUGGCGGGUGAAUUUUAAGGGUCGCGGCAUCAUCGCAUGUCAUACGACUGACAGUAUUAAAUUUCUUCCCCACAGGGCUUUCCCAAGGGGAUUUUUAAAAUUAAAAAGGUACAGUGUUCUGCAUAAUAUUA